AUCGCCCACAGGCGUGGAUGGAAAAGGGCAGUGUUUAGCGUGUACAUCGCAUAUGAGUAUGCUGCAGUGCGAAACGCAAACGUAGUUCUAAAAAGAAAAAAAAAAAGAGAAAAACCAAAAUCGCGUGUGUGCGUGUCCAUGUGAGCGAAUAACGAGAGGAAGAAUCGCUGCUUCAUUGUGUAUUUUGUGAGCCAACCUACGACCUGUGAUAGAGAAAUACACAGCGGAAGCCCACACAUACUGAAAAGGGGUAUCACAUGAAUGCACUGCUCGCAAACUUCUACUGAAAUACAACAGCGCUUCAUUUUCCACGAGCGGCGAUGUUUCAGCCGGUGCGUUCUGGUUGCCAGGUUGUCUAUGCCUCGCCUGUUGCUUGAAACGAGUGAGAAGCCUGCUUGCUCAAUCGAGCGAUUUUCGUCGUCUGGUCUCAGGGGAUGCAAGCCAAUGUGAUGUAUUCUUGGGGGACACACUGCUUAUGCGUUUGUUGGGUAGUUUUGUUUCUGUGGCCAUAUAGGGUUGUUUGUUUUUAUUAUUAAUUGAGAAUGAUGGCGCUGCUAGUACCCGCUGCCCGCGAGUGCUGAUUACUGUGAAGAUUGACGUUAUUGUUGAAUGGGUUCCUUUGUUUUGACUGGUUUCGUUGUGGUGCUGCGUAUGCAGCGCAUAUCAACUGUAUAUCACAUUUACGUGUUCGUGUAACAAACAUAACGGUGAUAUAUCGAGUAUUGCUGAUUAGUUUCUCAAGUGUCAUUAGAUCUCCUUGCAUAAGGAACUUUUUCGGAAAGCGCGAAGCAACUUGCGGAAAGAAUCGUGAUCCAGUCAAGAAGAGAGCUCUCGUCAUUUCAACUCUAUUUUUGCUCGACGGGCGUGUGUAUAUGGGCUUGUUCCCAUAGCUUCGAUGGACCAUUUGGAAGGUGACUUGACCAGUGCAUCGCCGUGCUCUUUUUCGCCGAAGCAGAAUUAUCCAUCUAAGAAGCAGCAUGUAACAUUAAAGUUUGAUGGACAUGUAUUCACUACUAUGGUUAUGACUCUGUCGUUUUAACGAAGUAACUGCCGCCCUUUAUAAGGGUUGAUUCCUUCGAAAUUGUACUCGGUGUCAUUCUAUUAAGGCUGCAGAGUUGCCGACUUUUGUGCUUCGAACAUUAACAAACCUGUACUCAAACAGCAUCAUAACAUGAGAUACCAAUGUCCUGCGGAGGAGCGAGCUUGAAUUAUCACCAAGUCUACCUAGAUUAAGCGUUGUCAGGUGCAUAAUAAAAUCGGACACAACGAUCACACUGAAAAACAGAUAUGAAACGGCGGACAGAUAGCGGAGACCAGGACAGGUCUGGCGAUGAAAUUGAGCCCGAGAGCACGAGCAGGCGUGGUAGUAUGAGCCGGAAGCGUAUACGAAAUAUCUCGGAAAGUAGCGAUGAUUUUGAGGAGCAACUGCCGAAGUCUAUCACUGACAAAAUCAACAUGAGCGACGACGACCUCGUAUCAUUAUCAGUUCGCGACCUCAAUAAAGAACUGAAAGGUGCCGGACUGACUCGUGCCGAGAUAAUGAAAAUGAAACAGCGACGUCGAACGCUAAAGAAUCGCGGCUACGCAGCCAGCUGUCGCACAAAGCGUAUCGAGCAAAAAGAUGACCUUGAAGCUCAACGCGCCGAAGUUGAACACGAGAUCGAAACUCUUCGACAGCGGAACUCAUCGGUUGCUCAAAAUCUGAACAGCAUCCGCGCACGCUACCAAGACCUCGUGCAGUAUUCGCAAGAGCGGAAUAUCGCUUUACCCAAAGAAUUCCUUGAACUGGACGUUUAGAACAUGGCAGACUCUUAUACGACCACUACUGUACACAGUGGUGCUUUGUAUACCAGUGAGAAACCUGAGCGGUUUUCGUUGUGUUCAAGCUGUGUUUUUGACACGCGAGGUGUUUUAUUCGCUUAAUUCUGUGUCAGAAAUCGGCUGACUUCGACAACAUAUUACAAUGAUUAUUUCUUGAUGUGGAUUGGGAGUCAAUAGUCUAUCUCAGUCAACGCAUUACGGCUGGGCUUGCGAUGAUUCGAUCGACUGGGGUACAGAGUAGUAUGCAGGCUAGCCAGCACAUCUAUAUAUAUAUAUACACGUUGUUUGAUUGACAGCCCACUUAGAUAUGAAUGAUGUGUUAUGUUUUUUUGAGGGUAACAGAAAGACUUAUGGGAGGUCAUGGCUCAUGGAUGUUACAUUAACGUUUCUGAAUGCUUUAUCUAUAAAACACUAGCUAGCACAGUUAUUUACGUAGAAAGUUUUGCGGAUUUUUUUUUGUUACUUCAUAGCUAUGGAAUAUCUGCGUAUAUUAAGUUUUUGCGACUAGCGGUUCACACGAUUGCGUUUUUUAGAAAAGCAAGUCUAGCGGAAGAUUUAGUUCAUCAGCGUCUUUUGAAGAUGCUGAAUAAGCCCAGAGGAUUAUUUUCAAGCAGCACUAAAUGAGCGAGUUUGAAUUACAUUGAAGGCACUUGAGAAAUAGUGGCAUUAACGUAAAUUACCUCAAUAGUCUUUAAGGGUCGGGGACAUCGAGCAUACAAACUGCACAUAUUAAAAAGAGAUUUAAAAAAUAUAAUAAAGUUCCCAUUUUAAACAUGCAAUGUCUGAAAAUUAUUCAUACCUAAUUGAGUCAUUACAUAAAAACGAAAUUGACCUAUACAAACAUUUAUGAAAGUUUAUGGACGUAUUGACACGUGUUACCUUUUUGUGGGGUGCAUUUAUAACUUAGAGAGCCUAUAACUAAGAGCCUUUGUAAUUCGUUUGUUGGAACGUGCCUUACUUGAUGCUCUGCUCAUCACGGAAAUGAAUCAAUGUAAAUCGAGACUAUAAUUUUGUGAGAGACGUUGCUGUUGUAACAAUGUCAUCUCCUCUUGUAUAUAAUCUGUAUAUAUAAUGUAGUGAAACAAAUAAACGAGAACGACUAUUACAGCCAAA